UUGAUGAUCUAUUCAUAUUUCUAUUUAAUUCAAAUGGGGUAAAUCAGUUGUGCAAACAUACUAAAAUGUUUUGAUUGAGAUCUGUCUCUUUAGACAGUUGCAUGUAAUGGAUGAGACGCAUGUUAUUAACCAAGUGAAGGAGGAUGUAUGUUACGUUUCUCAAGACUUCUACAAAGACAUGGAAAUAGCACAGCUGAAAGGUAAAGCAAACACUGUUAUGAGAGAUUAUGUGCUUCCAGACUUCAGCACAAUCAAGAAGGGGUUCUGUAAGCCUCUGGAAGAGAUGGUUUUCAAUGGGAAAUACAAGACAAGUGAACAGAUUCUGCGUCUGACUAAUGAGAGAUUUGCUGUUCCUGAAAUUCUCUUUCAUCCUUCUGACAUUGGUAUUCAGGAGAUGGGAAUACCAGAAGCAAUUGUUCAUUCAGUGCAAAGUUUACCUGAAGAGAUGCACCCACAUUUUUACAAGAACAUCAUUCUGACUGGUGGCAAUACUCUGUUACCGGGAUUUCGAGAUCGUGUUUAUGCUGAUGUCCGAUCUCUUACUCCAUGUGAUUACGAUGUAUCUGUUUUGCUACCUGAGAACCCUAUCACACAUUCAUGGGAAGGUGGAAAACUGCUGUCUGAAAGUUCAGAUUUCAUGGACCUGGUUGUCACCAAAGAUGACUACGAUGAAAGUGGGCAUUGCAUCUGUGAGGAGAAAUUUGAUAUCUGAAAUUAAAAGCAAUGUACAUUAGAGAAAUUGAGUUGUUUAAAGAAAAUGAUAAGGAUGCUGCAGAUUGCACUACUGACACUUUUGAAUAGAGAAAAGGGGUGUCUUACGUAAUGAUGCUGCAAUUACAAACUGUUUUAUAAUGAAUCUGAAUAACUGCCUUAAGAGUGAUGUGUGCUCAUCUGACUGAGUCAUUCAUUGGGCUUAUCCCCAAUAGUUUGUCAAAGGCAGUUCAGUUAUUUAUUUAGAAAACAGAGGCGCGCAGGGAGGGAAGACCUUCGAUGAGAACUACCCGUGUGUAUUUUGCGUGAAUGAACUGUAAUGCCAUUCUGAUACAAAGCACAUUUAUAAUCUCAGUGCACGCUCUAAGAAGGAUUUUUUUUAGCCUGUAUAUCUGACAUUUAAAGAAUUGUUGAAGUUUAUUUUGUCUAACUACUCUUCCUUUUGGUCUUCUAAAUACUGUAUUAUAGCUUCGUUUUUGAAAAUGUGUGCAUAUUUUUUCUGUUGAAGUAUUAUUUAGACAUUUUAAUAAACAGUCUUCAAAAUUAAAA